AUGUACAACCAAGCGGACUCGUCAUUUUAUCAACACAUCCGUUCCCUAACCGUUCAUGACGCUUGGUCAGAAGAGCCAGAACCUGUCUGGAGGCCUAGCUAUCCCGCAGGCGCCUCGUGGGGCUCGCAAGAAUACUCAUUGCCCUACCAGGACGAUCCAACUUGCAACCAACUGCAUCUGCAACCGCUGCAAGGUUACAUCCCCCAAGCUGGCCCUUCAGCAGGAACAGCUUACAUGUCGUAUCCUGCAUCAGUUCACUACUCAGCUGCUGGGAAUGUUGACCCGGCAUCAUACAAGCAAGAGUUGGCCAAUGAUUCUGAAAACAGUGAAAUGGACACUGACUCGGAACCUGAAGACUCUGAAAGCGACGAUGAUGACUCAUCGCAACAAUCCUUCCAUCCUACCUCUCGGGGAUCUGAACCAAGGCCCUACGUAUGUCAUUUGGAGGAUAAGGAUCAUCCCGGCAGCCCAUGCCCGAAGAGAUUUGUACGCCCAGAACAUCUUCGACGCCACGUCAGGACUGUUCAUAGUGCUGUGAGAAAUCACGGUUGUAAAGUGUGUCCGAGGCAUUUCUCGAGGGGAGAUAAUCUUCGAGAUCAUUACUGGACACAUUUGCAACGAGGUGGAAGGACUGGCAAGAAUCCUAAGAUGAGCUUGCCCGAGCUGAAAGCCUUUCUCGGUCCGAAGGAGAAGCUGCUUGUGAAGCGUCUCAAGACGAAGCUACACAACGCUCAGAUAAAGCAAACGAAGUCAAAGCCUUGA